CACCAAACAGGACAGACUCACCCACCCACUCGGGCGCACUACACUCAUUCUCUCACCCAAUCAGUCGGUCAGUCAGUCCAUCCGUCCACGCGCAAAAAGCCCGUCGUCCAUCCCAUCCAGCAACCACAUUUACUUACUCACAUUCCCUCUGCAGGCCCCCCAUAACUGCACUCACUUGUUUGCCCCGAUAUGAGUACGUGUGUGUCUAUCCAUCCCCGUAUCAUAUCAUGCCCGGCCCGGCCCGGCACCGAAAAAAUAGAUAGACAGUCAAGCCAGUCAGUCAGUCAGUGAGAUGAGUGGGAGUGGUGCAGCGUAGCGGAGUGUGUGAAUGAACGCCAUACUUACGUACGUACGUACAGCGGGUGAGCGUGUAGGUGUGCUUCCCAUUCGUUUGCUCGUUCAGUAUCCGGGUGGGAAGGGGUUGGGGUCGUUGCGGCGCAUCGAAGCAAACGUGUGGUUGACCUCACGGUGGUGCGCUGAUCAACCAUACCACACACACACACACACACAGGUGUGUCGGCCGGAUCUCUCGUGUGUGUGGAUAGGAUAGGUAGUUGUCUAUAUCGUACGUAUCUCCCUACCCUCGUCAGCUCUGACGGCAAGGAUGACGUCCUUGAGUGUGGCGUUCUCCUCGAGCUGCCAGUAGUGUCGGGCCACAGGGGGGGCCGGGAUGUCAAACCCCGGCAGCUUGCCCGCAUUCAUCUCCUCCUACAUGAGUGAAUGAAUGACCACACAACCACACACAGGACAGCGCUGGUGCGUGUGUGAGUCCUCCUUGCCCGUCUCACUAACUGAUUGACUGACAGACUGACAGACUGAGUGGCUUACCAGCAUCUUGGUGUAGGUCUUGACGGCCUCCUCCUCCAGAUACCCCACGAACCUGACUCACAGACAUACAAGAGCUCUCCUGUGUUCUUGCCCCGCCCACCGCUGUCUCACGCACUCCUUCACUGACUGACCUGUGGCAGAAUUUGGGGCUGAUGAGGUAUGAGAUGGAGAAGAAGGUGAGGAACACGCCCUGGGCCACCAACACGGAGCCGCGGAAGAACGCAUUCGGCUGCUUCAGCACCAACGCCGUCAUCAGAUGCAUGCGCUCGUUCUCAGCCUCUGUGUGAGGUCAACACACACAUGCCGCACAAGAUCGAUCAAUGAACGGGUGGACGGGUCACCCACUUGACCUACUGACUGACCCUCAAGUAGCGUGUGAAUCCAGCCGUAGUCGCGCUCCAUGCGGCGGAGCGACUGGAGGUGACGGCACAUGGCUCCAACCAUACCUGAUGCAUGUCAGUCAGGUCGACAGACACGCACUUAUUUAACUCACCCCAUCAAAUCGCCCGUCCGUCCGUCCGUCCGUCCGUCCGUCUGGUGGUGGUGUGGUUUGUGGCGUGUGCAGCCCGACAGACAUACCUGGGACGCCGGCGACGGUCUCGAGGAAGGUCAUGCGGUCAAUCCAGCCCGCCUCCUUGAAACCAGGCUGAAAGUCAUUAUAUAUAUGCAGGACACACACACAAUACGAAGCACAGGUUUUAUACGCAGGAUGGAUCCUCUGCACUGCCUGCCUCCCUCCCUCCCUCCGUACCUUGCCAUAUCCGGUGGUGACGUCCCAGAGGGCCCGCAGGCUCUGAACGCAGAAAUAGGCCGCACGAUCCGCAAACACCUCGGGCUUCACGUGGGUGAUCCUGAACCAAGGAGGGGAGGGAGGCAAUGGACGGACGGAUGAAUCAAUGACAAACGUACACACGAGCGGCCAGUGAAGCAGUGUGCUAUGGAUGGAUGUGCUGGCGGAUUGCGAUCGUGUGUGUGUGUGUGUGUGUGCGACUGACUUGACGGUGCUGGUGGCCUCUUCGCCCCAGACGGGAUGGGGCAGCCAGGAGUGGUAGGGCAGAAUCUUGGCCUGCUUCUCCAGAGGGUGGUGCCCGCCGUGGGUGCGGAAAUGAGUCCUUCAGGCACACAACAAAACCAGAGACCCACACGCACAAGACAUACACACAGCACAUAUAAUCACUGCCAUGCAGUGAAGGUCAGGCAGGGCCCUCAGGGGGAGACCGUCCCGUCUUACACAUCGGGCUCAGCAGAGGCAAUCUUCUUGGCCUUCUCGUCCUUGAUACUGAUGAACGGAAUCUCGCCCUUCGGCAGCUCGUCCUUCAUCUGGCUCGUCUGACCACGCCAUACCACAUACACAACACAAGACCGUCGUUCAGGUGCCCGCUGUGCCGUCUAUUGCCUUCUCCGUCGCUCUCACCUCUCCAGCAGCCGUGGUGGACAUGUGGCGGCUGUCGGGCUUGCCCGUUGUCGAGAAGGGCCGCACAUACUUGCUGGCGACAAACACAGCGGCUGCCUGGGGCCGCAGGACAGAUGUGAAGCGACGACUGGCGACAGCGAGGGCCAUGAUCGUGGCUGCUUAAACUCGAAGGCCACACACACAGGCGUCAGCUGCUUAUUGUCCCAGGGAUUUUUUGUUGUGCGGAGGAGAGGGCAGGCGACACCUGGUCUGGCCACGUG